AUGAGCCAUUUUCAAAAUAAUCCAUUUUCUAAUGGUAUUAAAGGUAGUUCAGGUAGUUAUGCAAGCAGACCAACCAAUAAUAAUAAAAGAACUAUUAUUCAAAAUGGUGUUGUUAAACAGAUUGAUAACACAUCAUAUUUAAGAAGAACCGAACAACUAGAUGAUGUAGAUAUUCAAUUUAAUCAAUUCUUUACCAAAGAUGGAUUUUUAUCAAUAGUCAAAUCAAAUUACAAGUUUAUUAUAAAGUUUUUAAUAUGGUUAUUGGUUCAAUAUAUAUUUUUAAGAUUAGAAUGGGGUGCUGUUUUCUUUGUUUUAUCUUGUUUUGUUUUAAUUAUAACAAAUCUUGGAAAAAGAGAUAGUAACAAACUUAGUGCGUAUAAUGUUUUCAAUAAAAAUUAUGAAUCAAUUUUACUAAGUAAAUCUAAAGACAGUUUAGAAAGGGAUAUGGGUAGAUUUGUUCCAGAAAAUCAAUAG